AUGUUCUCCCGUGUUGCCCUCCGCGCGGCUCCCCGCCAGCAGCCCUUCAGCCUCGUUGCUCGCCGCACCUUCCAGACCACCCGCGCCCAGCUCUCGUCGCCCUACCACUACCCCGAGGGUCCCCGCUCCAACCUUCCCUUCAACCCCAAGACCCGCUUCUUCUGGUUCCGUUACCUCAUGUACUGCGUCGUCGGCUUCGGCGCUCCCUUUGGCAUUGCCGUCUGGCAGACCUACCGCCCCCGCUCUUAA